AUCAUCUUUCUCCUAUCCCUCUCACUCCCCCCCCUGGGGCUAUCAGCAAGACAAGAUUUUCACUUACCAAAAUCAAGAUUUUUGCUUCCCAAUUUCACUCAUUCUUAUCCCCAAAAUCUUUCUCCAAAGCCCAUUUUCAGAUUUCAAGAAAUGAGGGCUAUGAAGGGAAAGCUACUCAAGAAAUUGAAGACAAUAAAAACAAUUGGGUAUUUGAAGCCAGAAAGAAUCCUCCAUUCAAAUGCAUCAGAUGGGUAUAUUCAGUACACUUCACCACCUCAUUCAAAUUCUCAAUCUCACUUUCACUCUCCACUAACCCCAAUUCAGGUCAAUGAAAAUCCCAAAAAGAAUAUUCAAAACAAUGUACAUGAACAAGACCCUGAGAUUAUUGAUGUUUGUGAGCUAAUGAAAGAUCUUGAUGAUCAAGAAAUGGAGCUCGACGACGAAAUGGACGAUAAAGAGAACAUUAGACCUGAUUUAAAGGUGAAAAAGUCUGAACCUUUGAAAGAAAAUGUGGAGAAUUUCAGCUCAUUGAAGUCAAAGGUUGAGACUUUUGAUGAGAAAGUUGCUCCUUUUUCAGAACUUGAUGUGUUGAAUUUUAGGCGGCCGGAUUUGGAUUCAGGUACUCUUUUUGAUCCAAAACUUCUAGCUGCAUUUGAGGAAGCAGUAAUGGUAGUAAAAGCUCAAGAAGCAGAAAGAAAAGCCAAGAUUGAGGAAAAGAUUUUCAAACCUUUAGAAGAAAAAGAAUUAGAAGACGACGAAGAAGAAAAUGAACCGCCUUUAAAAACACGGAAAAUUGAGGAAAUUAUAGACCCCUUAUUGGAAUUUGAAGAGAAAUGCCCCCCUGGAGGAUGUGAUUCAGUAAUUCUUUACACAACAGGCCUUAGAGGGAUACGAAAAACGUUCGAGGAAUGUCAUAGUAUUCGAUUUUUGUUAGAGAAUUUUCGUGUUAUAUUUUUCGAGAGAGAUAUUUCUAUGCAUUCGGAGUUUAAGGAAGAAUUAUGGAGAAUUUUGGAUGGGAAAGUUGUGCCGCCGAGGCUGUUUAUUAAGGGAAGAUAUAUUGGUGGAGCUGAAGAAGUAUUGACAUUACAUGAACAAGGGAAGUUUAGGCCAUUACUUGAAGGAAUUCCAAUUGAUCAAUUUCAAUGUCCAUGUGAAGGUUGUGUUGGAAUGAGGUUUAUUGUGUGUUUUAAGUGUAAUGGGAGUCAGAAAAUUGUGGUUGAAGAUGGGGUUGAGGCAAUGAAAUGCCCUGAAUGUAAUGAGAAUGGAUUGAUUGUGUGCCCUUAUUGUUGUUGAAUAGUAAUUCAAUUGAUUGUUUGUUCCUUUUUGUAUUCCUCAUAUUUUGAGGGUGUAACAUUCUUUUGUCUUUGUGUUUUGAGUUGAAAUGUUAUUUUCCAUUACAUAUUUUGGUAGAAAGAUUAC